AUGUCCUUGAUCUCCGAAGCGCUAGUCCAGCGCUUACACCUGCCGCGAUCCCGCGUGGCAAUCUCAAUUUUCGGCAUCGGCGGCUCACCUUUGGGUCCCUGUCGCAGAAAAGUAUCUCUCAAUCUCACCUCCAGGAUCAAUGGAACUCGAGUCACCGCUUUCAUCCUGCCACGUCUCUCGCUAUAUCAAGGAGCAGCUACGACAUAUAAAACUACAUGGCCUCACAUUGAAAGUCUCCAGCUAGCCGAUCCGCAAUUCUCGGCCGUCGAUCCCAUCGAGCUGUUGCUCGGCGCGGAAGUGUGCUCUAUCAUUCUGCAAGAGGGCCUGCGAAAGGGCGAUCCGCAUACUCCCGUCACUCAGCAUACCCUGCUCGGAUGGAUUCUCUCGGGAGGCUGCGGCGAGAAUCUCUCAGCGACUCUACACCGCUCCUUCCAAUGCACCGCCGACCACGAGCUGACCGCGCUCGUGCAACGUUUUUGGGAGCAAGAGAAGGAACCUUUUGCCUCAGUGUCCAUCACGCCAGACGAGCAACGAUGCGAAGAAUUCUUUGCUCGAACUCACAGCCGCACCGAUGCAAGGAGGUACGUUGUGCGACUGCCAUUUGCCGCGCCGCCAGCAGCACUCGGUGACACCCGCCAAUCAACCGAGCGACUGCUCACUUGGAGCGACGAUGCGACCGCGACGUUCGAUUCGGACUUCUGUAUCACGCCUUUCUAA